CGCUUAGGGAGGACGAGGUGCCGGAAAGUGCGUCCUAAACGUGCACGGGGCUGGGAAGUUAAUAGACCUUCAAACGCUUCCGAUACUCCGCCAUUUUCCGGAGCCAGGGCGCCCGCGAUUCGGUGUCCCCCCUCCCCUGUUGACAACCUUUGGCCGCUUUCCCGGCGAGGCGCCCGGCGAGCAUCCCGUGACCGGAUAGGAGGCGUCGGACGGCUGCGCGGCUGUUUGCCGAGCCCGGGGGGAAAUGUACGGUGGUCGGGCAGCGUAAGUGCGUCUGGCUGUGAUCGAGAAGCUGAAAUAAGGGCGAUCGAAGCGGCUACGGGACAAUGCCGGACGGGCUGGUCACCAGCAGGCCUCUCCAGAAUGAGGCCACGGGCAUAGACCUGCUGGUGCCGCUCUUCCAGGAGGUGCGCGGCUCCAUGAUGACCGGCCACGUCGAGUACCAGAUCGUGGUGGUGACGCGCCUCGCCGCCUUCAAGUCGGCCAAGCAUCGGCCAGCAGACGUGGUCCAGUUAAUGGUCUCCAAAAAGUACAGCGAGAUGGAGGAGCUGUACUGCAGGCUGGCUGCACGCUACCCCGCGGUCCCCUUGCCCGCAAUGCCCCGCAAGGCCCUCUUCGUCGGCGAGACGGAAAUCCGCGAGCGCAGGGCUGCCUUCGACGAGCUUGUCAAGUUCCUCUCCAGACACCGAACCCUGGCCACCUGCCCUGAGCUGCUGGGCUUUCUAGGAGCAAAGAUGACUGAGGUGGCAGACAAAACCAGGAACGUCCCUGAGGAGGAGGAGGAGGAGGAGGAGUGGGACAGAGACGGGGUGGAUUUUUUUCAAACAGAGGAGGUUUCCACGGUGGCGCUCACUGCAGGGCCGAAAACGAAACCUGUCACCCCCGUGAUGCCUGCUGAGGAUGAGGAAGAGGAGGAGGUUCUGGACCCACUGGGGAUUUUGCGCUCCAGGAAGCCGAAGAAGGGGCCGGUCGCCGAUGCGGCCAGUCAGCUGGAGAAACCUGCAGCAAAACCUGCAACCAAACCUGCGACGGCCACGUUCUCGCUCUUCGGUGAGGAGGUCGACCCGGAUGAGGACCUGUUCGGGGCAGCGGGGCAGUCAGGAGGGGGCCAGGCUGCCCCUCCUGCCAAGGGCAGCUCGCUGAGGCUGUUUGAAGACCCCGACUUGGGUGGGGCUGUGAAUGUGGGCGACUCCCUGCUUCUGCCGACAGCCUACGAGGUGGGCGGGGCCGGGGGCGGAGCCAAGACGGAUGAGGAUGUAGAAGAGCUCCUCAGGGUGGAGGAUACCUUGGACAAGCUUCUGACAGUAAGCAAAGGGGAGAAACCAGCACUCGGCCCUAAACCCACCCCCAAACCCAAGCCAGCACUGCCCAAAAAGCCCACAUCCCUGUCCCAGAAUAGUGCCGCCCCGGUGGCCGGUCCCGCAUCUGCCCCAGAGGCCAAAAUCCAGACCAUGGAUCAGAUGGACAUCCUGCGAUACAUCCAGCAAAACGAGGCCACUGGUGAUGACCUGGACCUGUUCUGACUGAGAAACUUCUAGAGGAAGAGACUUUUUGGUAGGUUUUAAUCAGAACGUCCUCAGACCUGCCCGGGUGUGGCGGGGGCGGCGCCGAGCAGCUGAAUUUCUAAAUGGACAGAAAUGUCCACGUCCUGCCCAAUCCUUUCAGAACCGAGGCCCAGGAAAGACUUCAGGUUCUUUUCUGAGCGUUGGAGGAAUACACAAUCUUUUGGCUAAAAGCAGAGUAAAACGAAAAGCUCGUUCUCAUGACGACUGAGCUAAAAACAAAUUUUCCGUUUUUAAACCAGUGUGUGUUAUGCAAAAGAGUAACAAUAGAGGUAUUAAUCAUAAAUGAAUAAUGACAGAUUUUUUUCCCUUUUGUGUUCCUCUUUAAAUGCCUGUGAAAUGUUUGCCUCUGUAACCAGUCUCUUUAUAACUCGAGGAAGAGUGGAUAUGAGUCUCUCAGCAGCCUUUAAUCUGUUUGCCGUGGCGACUGGCAGAGCGAAGACUCAAAGAAAAUGGGAAUCUUCCUCCUAACCGUCACGCUGAUCAGACUGUCUCUUUCUGUCCUGUCAAGACUGAGACAAGGCUUGUUUUUACUCGGGGGAAGGAAGUUUUCAGAAAGACUUUGAACGAACCUGUAACACAGAGACCUUAAAUCCCUGACGGGGUUUGGUCAAUGCUGAUGAGCAGGAGCUGUCUGAAGGCCGAUGGUGUGAUUUUUAAAAAAAUUUUUUUGAUGAUCAAUAAAGUUCAAACUGAUUUGAUAA